AUGACUAUUUCUGGUGACCUCGACAUCGAGCAACAGCAUCAGACUGCCAAUGCUGUUGAUACGUUUGGCUCUCUGGAUCCGUUCAACUAUGCUGAGCACGUCAAUGCAGCCGGCCUACUAAUCACCAAUUAUGACGGACUUUCUGAGCAGAAAGCUUCAAAGUCAGGGAAGCAGCUCAAACAGUCAUUCUCCAGUCUCCAAUUACGGUACAAUGUGCUUUUCAGGAUGGGUUCUUCGCUGGACGUCGAUUGUCAAGGCUGCGGCAGCGCCACAAUUACUCUCGGUGCAUUCAAUGCGGAGCUAUGGACUCUUGCUAUUCAGAAGCCUGAUGCGAGCUACAAGCCUCCAACGCAAGGGGACGGAAGAAAGGUUGACUCAGGGCUCAACCCUGACUUCCAUAAUCAGAAGGCGGCCAGCACAUGGAUAUUUUCCCUGAGUUUGGUUUCAUCUCAAAUUCAUUCAUUAUCUCACAGAACCGAACUACAGUCGGCUCACUUGGUUACGGUCAGAUUAAAACCUCUCGUUCUGAUUUCGUUUGCACCUUGUUUCAAUCCAUUUGAUCCGAAAAUUUUUGUGAUCAUUUUACGACUGUCUUUUUCGAAGAUGGGUGAUGGUUCCGACAGAGAAAACUUCUGGUACAAAGGUUCCACACUAAAGUAUGCCACAACCAAUAACAUAUCAGACCUCGUAGAACGCGUCAUCACGCAACCAAUCAACGCCUGCUAA